GAGAAGUAGUUUCUUUCGCUCCUCUGUCUCUGUCUCUUUCGCUCCUCUGUCUCUGUCUCUCUGUCUCUGUCUCUCUCUCUGUCUCUCUCUCUCUCUCUCUUUCUCUCCCCUUUCUCCCUUUUUGGAGGCCAGUUUUAGUCACUUUGCAUGAGUACCACCUUAAGUAGCAAAACACAGGAGAAAGAACAAGUCGGUUUUGAAAGGGGAAAGAAGACAGACCUGCCCUGGUAGUUUGAACUUCUGCAAAUUAAUAGAUCAUAAGCCAGAGUGAUUUAAUAAAACCCCAAAAUGUCGAGAUUUGUCCAAGAUCUUAGCAAAGCAAUGUCUCAAGAUGGUGCUUCUCAGUUCCAAGAAGUCAUUCGACAAGAGCUGGAAUUAUCUGUGAAGAAGGAAUUAGAAAAAAUACUUACCACAGCCCCUUCACACGAGUUUGAGCACACUAAGAAAGAUCUUGAUGGAUUUCGGAAGUUAUUUCAUAGAUUUUUGCAAGAAAAGGGACCCUCUGUCGAUUGGGGGAAAAUCCAGAGACCUCCGGAAGACUCGAUUCAACCCUAUGAAAAAAUAAAGGCAAGAGGAUUGCCUGAUAAUAUCUCUUCUGUUUUGAAUAAGCUGGUGGUGGUGAAACUCAAUGGUGGUUUGGGAACCAGCAUGGGCUGCAAAGGCCCUAAAAGUCUGAUUGGUGUGAGGAAUGAGAACACCUUUUUGGAUCUAACUGUUCAGCAAAUUGAACAUUUGAACAAAACCUAUAAUACUGAUGUUCCUCUUGUUUUGAUGAAUUCUUUUAACACGGAUGAAGAUACAAAAAAAAUACUACAGAAGUACAAUCAUUGUCGUGUGAAAAUCUACACUUUCAAUCAAAGCAGGUACCCGAGGAUUAAUAAAGAAUCACUACUUCCUGUAGCAAAGGAUGUGUCCUACUCAGGGGAAAAUACAGAAGCUUGGUACCCUCCAGGCCAUGGUGAUAUCUAUGCCAGUUUCUACAACUCUGGUUUGCUUGACACCUUCAUAGGAGAAGGCAAAGAGUAUAUUUUCGUGUCUAACAUAGAUAAUCUGGGUGCCACGGUGGAUCUUUACAUUCUUAAUCACCUUAUGAACCCACCUAAUGGGAAACGCUGUGAAUUUGUCAUGGAAGUCACAAAUAAAACACGUGCGGAUGUAAAGGGUGGAACACUUACUCAGUAUGAAGGCAAACUGAGACUGGUGGAAAUUGCUCAAGUGCCAAAAGCACAUGUUGAUGAGUUCAAGUCAGUAUCAAAAUUUAAAAUAUUUAACACAAACAACCUAUGGAUUUCUCUUGCAGCAGUUAAAAGACUGCAAGAACAGAAUGCCAUUGACAUGGAAAUCAUUGUGAAUCCAAAGACUUUGGAUGGAGGCCUAAAUGUCAUUCAGUUAGAAACUGCAGUUGGAGCUGCAAUUAAAAGUUUUGAGAAUUCUUUAGGUAUUAAUGUCCCCAGGAGCCGUUUUCUGCCCGUCAAGACCACUUCAGAUCUCUUGCUUGUGAUGUCAAACCUCUACAGCCUUAAUGCAGGAUCUCUGACGAUGAGUGAAAAGCGGGAAUUUCCUACAGUGCCCUUGGUUAAAUUAGGCAGUUCUUUUACAAAGGUUCAAGAUUAUCUAAGAAGAUUUGAAAGCAUACCAGAUAUGCUUGAAUUGGAUCAUCUCACAGUUUCAGGAGAUGUGACAUUUGGCAAAAAUGUUUCACUAAAGGGAACAGUUAUCAUCAUUGCAAAUCAUGGUGACAGAAUUGACAUCCCACCUGGAGCAGUAUUAGAGAACAAGAUUGUGUCUGGAAAUCUUCGUAUUUUGGACCACUAAAAUGAAAAAAUUCUGUGUGUACACUUUAUACUUUAUUAUGGGCUAGUUUCUUACAAUGAUAUGUAUGUAUGUCCUCUAUGAUUCUAAAUAGGCAGGUACUUUACCUCCUCAUUGCAUCCUGCAGGGUUGGUUUUUAAAGUAGUUUUCUGCAGUAUGCUUCUAGUCUAAGGAAAACACAAACGGAGCAAUACUUUGACAAGAAACUUGCUGAUAGUUCAUCUUAAAGUGCAAUAUUAUUUAAUCCUAAAACUGAUCAGCUCUACUGAAAUAUCUUUUAGUGGAAGUCUCACUGAUGCUCACUUUGAAUUGCCAGUGAUUUAAAAAAUAAAGCAGUGAAGCAAUA